GUUAUCGUUUGUCGAUGGUUUUGGCAUUAUUAUAUACUAAAGAAAACACUAAGUGUUAUUCCUGGUCCGAAAUGCGCACCAUUCAUUGGGUUAACUUUGCAGAUCAUGCAUACACCAAAUGAAGAUCGAUUCCAAUGGUUUAAUAAUUUAACGAGGAAAUUCAAAAAUGGGAUAAUUUUAACGUGGAUUGGCGUCGAACCGAUUGUGACUAUUAAUAAACCGGAGUACAUGGAGGUAGUUCUACCAAGUAAUAGGCUCAUAACUAAAGCUAAAAUGUAUGAUAUUAUCAAACCGUGGCUAGGUGAUGGGCUCGUUACUUCAACAGGUGAAAUAUGGCUUAAACAUAGACGGAUAAUAACACCAGCAUUUCAUUUUAACAUACUGGAAGAGUAUGCUGCUGCUAUGAGAGACAAGGUCGAAAUUCUAAUUGACAGUAUUGAAGCGCAACUAGACAAAAGUAGAAAUAGUCCAAUAAAUGUUUUCGAAUUAACUGUAAAAUAUACGCUCGAUACAAUUUGUGAGACAGCUAUGGGUAUAAAUAUCGAUUGUCAACGAAUACCUAAUAGUGAAUAUGUUAAGGCAUUACACAAUUUUGCUCACUUAUCGUCUGAUAGAUUUUUUCGAUUUUGGCUGAGAUGGGACGCCCUAUAUUAUUAUACAGAAAAAGGUCAAGAAUUUUUGAAAGCUAUAAAAACUAUGCAUAAUUUUACGGAAAAGGUGAUUAUAUACAAACAGCUGGAAAGGCGAAAUAAAUUGGCUAAGAAUCCAAGUGAAAAUAACUUUGAUGAUUGCGGAAAACGAAAACGAAAAGCUUUUCUAGAUUUAUUAUUUGAUGCUAGCGAGAAGACUGAAAAUGCGUUGUCAUUACGAGAAAUUCGAGAAGAAGUUGACACAUUUAUGUUUGCUGGUCAUGAUACAAUCUCCGCUGCUAUUAGCUGGGCAUUAUUUGCACUUGGCAAUGCCCCAGAAAUUCAAAAUAAAGUUCAUGAAGAACUUAAUGAAGUAUUCAGCAACAAAACUGAAGUAGCAUCAAUGAAGCAAUUAGGCCAAUUGAAAUACCUAGAUCGAGUGAUAAAAGAAGUACUUAGACUGUAUCCCAGUGCUCCGUCCAUUAGCCGACGUGUUGACAGCGAUACUAUUAUUGGUGAUUAUUUAAUACCCAAAGGAACAAUUUUGAACAUUCACAUUUAUCAACUACACCACAAUCCUGAUGUUUGGGAUGAUCCUGUGACGGCUAGCCAUAACUUAGUUUUUUUUAUAUUUAAUUAUUAAAUAUGACGAACGGAGUGGGAACCUUCCUGAUUUCCCACGAUGAAAACGCAUUCGAAAUAUAAACUUUGAUAGUGGCCCGAGCCUGCGUACUCAAGCUUACAAUCAACGCUCUAUCCUGCUUUGUCCCACACGUAUGUGUUGACAGGGGCCUACGAUCAUCGCGUAUACAUCGUGAAGUGUUAUCACGCCGAUAAUGGAAGGGGACCAUAAAAAUGCAAUCUAUCUUUUUUUUCCCACCGAUUUUUAAGAAAAUAUCCGUAAUAUUAAAUAGAUUUUCAUCAAUUUUGUAAGCCAUUAUAAUGCGCACCUUUUUG